AUGGCUCAUCAUGAAGACAGUAGUUCUGUAUUGGAAAAUGUUUGUGAACCAAGUAUUUCUAAGAAAGCCGAAGAGUUUUAUAAUCAUACAGAUGGGCCGCGAUACGAUCUUGUGAAGAAUUUUUAUUUUAAUCAGCACACACGACAAACUUAUGAGUUUGCGACAGCAACGAUGAAGAAGUACGAAGCUAUGGACAAACGAGCACUAGAUCCGUGGACUGCUUUGGAAUUAGGUGGCGCCUUUGUCGACGAAUCUGAUCCUGAUACUGAACUUGACCAAAUUUUUCAUUCAUUUCAAGUUGCUGAAGCGCUACGAAAGUCAUUUCCUGAUGAAGAAAAAUAUGGAUGGUUACAUUUAACCGGUCUUAUUCAUGAUCUAGGGAAAAUCUUGACGCCUGCAUUCGGUGAACCACAAUGGGCUAAUGUAGGUGACACAUUUCCUGUCGGAUGCAUGUUUGAAAAAGUGGGUGUUUUCUCAGAAUAUUUUGACCUCAAUCCUGAUAUGAAACAUCCGAUUUAUUCGACAAAAUUGGGAAGUUAUGAAGCAGGAUGCGGAUUAAAUAAUCUAACAAUGUCUUUUAGCCAUGAUGAAUAUUUAUAUAAAGUACUGAAACAUGAGAAAAAUACGAAGCAAUCAACCAAGAAACAAUUACCGAUUCAAUCUUAUUACAUGAUAAGAUUUCACUCUUUUUUUCCAUGGCAUAAAUUUGGAUCUUACACAGUUUUCGAAAAUGAUGCCGAUAAAGAAAACAAACAAUGGGUUCAAAUGUUUGCAAGCUAUGAUCUCUAUUCCAAGUCACAUGAUGUCGUAGAUAUAGAAAAAGUUAAGCCGUAUUAUAAAAAACUCAUGGAACAAUAUUUACCACCUAUAAUUUACUUUUAA